AUGAUCCAAUUACCUGUACUAUCCGCGAGCGGCCACCAGGUUCUAGACAGGAUCUUCCCUCCACCACCUUCGGAUCCGCCAGUGACUGCAGAUGUGGCAAAAGCUUGGUUCUUGGCCUAUGAGACUGCAAGGUUGUACGAACACCAUACUGGCGGCCCCUUCAUCACCCAUGAAGAUCUUUGCAAUUCAGCAGUAUAUGCCGCACAAAUCAUUGGUACUAGAACUGUGCAGCUGGAUCUGGUGGCUGCGUUACGAGAAGCCCUAGCCCCUGUUGAAGCUCGCCUUCAUGCGGAUAUGCAAGGUCUUCGUGCGGAGAUGCAAGGCCUUCGUGCGGAUAUGCAAGGUCUUCGUGCGGAUAUGCAACAGGUUAGGGAAGACCUCGGUAAAGAGGUUAGGUGCAGCAGGCGUCUCGCUGCCAUUGCUAGGAACAGCAAUAGCCCCUCCGGUGCCUUUGAAAGUGUUCCGUUUGCUAAUUUUGAUGAUCCUGUCACUGCACCUCACAAUCUCCCCUCCCUCCACUCAUUGGAUGCAGUCAACGGGCUAGAGGACGAGCCCCUGAGGGCAUAUGUUAGCGGAUAUUACCCUGGUACUGAAGCUGCUAACAUCGCAAGAGCUCAGUGUAUCAACCUUGUUCUUACUGCCAUCGGUGCAUUCAAGCAUACACGCGUGUAA